AUGGGUGGGCCCAGGUUUCCAAGGCUCAUCGUCUUCUUCCUUCAGUUGGUUUUCUUUCAGGUCUCCAGCCAAAUUCGGAAAACUUCAUCAGCUCAGAGUCCAAGAUCCGUGCAACCACCUGGGAAUAGUCAGACUGUAAAAGAGGAGCAGCGGGACACGCCCGGAAGCCCUGACGGUGGAGACUUGUCCAGUGAAACAUUAAAUAUUUUCGUUGUUGGCAGCAUUGGGCUUGGAGGCUCCUGCUCUGCUCCUGAGAGUUCUGCCAGUCUGGAUUUGUGCACCGAGUCCCCAGAGGUGACUGAGCCAAGGAAGUGCCCAGAGGAAGCCAGAGGGCCAGAAGGUUCUCCACUGCCUGGCCCACAUCCACCCUGGGAGCAGGAGUGCCCCUCGGCCUCCAUGCCCUUUGCCAAGUGCUCCCCGGAAGGCUGCUUGGCAAGCCCAGCAGAGGCACCUGAAGAUGGUCCCUUUACUCAACGCCCUGGGAGGGAACCUUCCCCAAAUGCCCCAGGGGAUGCUGUGGCAGCAUGUGCUCCCAAGGGGGGCAGCUCUACUCAGCACAGUGUGGUUGCCGUCAACCCCAGUGCAAGAAGAGAGAAAGAGCUGAAAGAAGAGGAACAGAAAUCCUCCUCUUCCUCCAGCUGCAUUGACCAGGUGCCAGGAAUCUCACCAGUACCUACCAGAGAGCUGGUGAAGGGACAGCUGCAUGCAGAACAUGACCAGCCUGGUGGUUUAGGAUCCCAAGGAAAAGAGGCUGCAGGUAGCUUUUCUCCCCCAGAGUCCAGGCAGGAAGUGGCUUCUGUACAAGUGUCCCCCAAAGCCCCUGCUGAAGCCCAGCUGGGCAAGGAGAGCUCAGCUGGUCUGGAAGAGUCGUCCCCCCUAAAACCCAAGACCCUGAUCCUACAAGAUCCAGCCCCAAGAACUUCAGAAAGAGAAAAAUGCCCAGUGGAGGUGCUGCCUCAGGAUUUAACCGGCGACUUGAAAUUCUUCAAGGCCUGCCGUCCCACUGGGAGCAAUUCAGGGGCUGCCCAAGAAGCUGAAGUGAAUGCUGCUUCCCAGGAAAGCUGCGAGCAGCAGACGGGAGCACAUCAGCUGCAUGCAGACCUGCUCCAGGAUGCACUGGAUCCCGCCCUGGCGGCAGGGGCCAGGAGCUCCUGGAAGGAGACUCUGGAUGCCAGUGAUGCUCAGGGUCACUUGCAGACAGGAAUACAAGGAACCGAGCCCCGUGAAGCUGUCUGUGUGGCAGCAGGUGGCCAGCUUGAAGAAAAUUUGCUUGUGAGCACUGAGUCCUCCCCACUCACCCCAACUGAGGAAAUGUGUCCAGCUUCAAACCUCACUUCACAUCUAGCUGCUCCAAUUUUGGUUGCUACAGAAGGACCCAGCUGGUUGGCCAGGGAGACGGUUUCUGGGGCAGAGGUGCCAGUUCCUGCAGAUCCAGCUCAAGAGCUGGUGGACGCAAGGAUGGCAGGACUGGAGAAGCAUGUGUCAGAUCUCAGAAGCGAGCGAGAACAUCCAGAAGGGAGCCUGGGAGAGGUUCCUGCGCCUUCACCCCAGGACAGGGGAGAGCACUUGAGCAGGGAGCAAAGCCCUGCAGUCCAACAAGGGUUGCUGCCCCCUCCUGCUCCCAGUGCAUCAAGUGACAGUGCUAGGAGGUCACUGGAGCCAGAAGAUGAAGUCUCUGAAGACACUGAAAGCCUAGCUCUGGCCAAAGAGGAAAGCAGAUCACCUGGGGACAACCUUAGAGGACAGGAAGAGGCCCCAGAGCCCUCUGACAGUGCAGAUCUUGGGAACGUGGGGGCAGAUGAAUCUCAGGCCCUCAGCUGCAAGCCUGAUCCAGAGGUGGAAAAAGAUGCGGUGUCAAAGCUAAGCAGCGAUGCAGAGACCAGAGUCCUUCCCAGCUCAGACUCAGCACAGCCACCCCGAAAAGAAGGUGCUGGGCACACGGAUGGGCCAGACUGUCAGUCAGCAGAGGCUGAUGCAUGUGCCUCGCUGCACGAGCUCCAUGAGGAGGACCUGGUCCUGCCCCCUGCACCAGAUGGAACUGGUGAACAUGCUGUUCCCGAAGGAGCCAUUGGGGAGGGGCUGGGGUUGCAGACCAAAUGUCCUGCCAUCCUUCAGGGAAAGGGAGGAUUGGGAAGAAUGGAGUCUCUUCCUGCUUUAGAAUCUGAGAAAUCAGAUUUCCUGUCGUCUCUUGCAGCAGAGGUGUUACCCAAAGCCCAGGAGGUAGACAGCACAUUGGAGAUAAAGACAACAGGCCCAUUGUCAUCCCCGCAGAGUCCCUGCAGCUGUGACGGGGAUGGCUUGCUCACACUCCCAGGCCAACCCCAUGAGCCAGGGCAUGACACAUCUGGACAGGAGGUUCGUGCUGACGUGCCAUGUACCCCCGUGGGGGAGAUCUUGGCAGUGGACAGUGGGCUCACCACACUCAGCCUGGAGAAAGAUCGGCAGGGAAACCUGUCCUGCCCAGGGGACAGCCAGAUAACAGAAGCGGCAUCCGAGAGGCCCCCACUGUCCUCUGAGCCCUGUCUCCAGCCAUCCCAGUUAGACCCAGAAGCAUCUGUCUUUGAUGUGCUCAGGGAGAAGGUCCAACCACCUGAAAAAGGGAAAGAGACUUAUCCAAGGGAUUUAGGUUUUAAAAACAAGGGCACUGAUUCUUCUCAAAUCCACAUGCCUUUGAAACCUUGGGAGGAUGUGAAAUUGCCCACUCAUGGGGGACAGGAGUGUGCUUCAGGAACAGAACUUCAAAGUGAGCUCCCCAAAGGAUGCCUGUCUGAGGCUCCAAGUUCAUCCCCCAGGGAGCUGGCUCUGGUGAGUUCUCUGACAGAGGAGUCUGAAGUGUCAGCACCAGCACGACAGAAGUUGCCUGCACCAGCGGAGAACGGGCAAGAGGGAGCAGGCCGUGGUGGUCAGCCCUCAAGGGUCUCGCCUCCUGCAGCAGACAGCUUAAAAGACUCUUCUCUCGCAGGUGACUUGAGCAGAAAGGAAAGUUGUUGUGCUGGGCAGGGACCAAACAAGUCCCAGCAGGAGCUGGCUGGUGCUUUGGAAGCCGGCAGCCUGCAUGAAGAAGCACGUCGAAGGGAAGCAGGAGUUUCUGACGCCGCUGACACUUGGCCCCCGCUCCAGGGCUUGGGGAAGACAGAGACGGCAAGUAGAAACACAGCGGGCACCCCGCCUUGUCCGCCUGACUCGCCAGCUCUCCUGCAUGCAGCUCGCUGCCUGCCAGCCCCAGAGCCCGCCAGCUCCAGGGUCACACCCACCCAGGAUGCCCCGGAGAGACAGGCAUGUGAUGAAACCCAGGCAGGCAGGCUGCAACCGGCGCUGGCCCCGCAGCAGGAGAUGGAGUGCCCUGCCACCUCGGACGCAGAGGCUCCCAAGUUUCUUGGGAGUCUCCCAUCAGCUGGGGAGCAAGGCAGUGAAGGUGGGACGGCUGAGACUGGAGGGAAUGCUGAUGAAGGGGUCCCGGGGAUGCAGCAGGGUCCAGAGGAACCAGAGGAAGCUGCUCAGAACGGUGGCUUCUUUCAGCCUGAGCCCUGCCUCAUGCCUGGGGAGGAUGCCUCCACCUCUGCCCUAGGAGAGCCCUGCCAAGCUGAGCAGCCCGCGCCCAGCUGCCAGGAGGCCUUGCUGCCAGCCGGAGAGCUGGGUGGGAUUCCCAGGAGCACCGUGGAUAUUUCUGCACACCAGGCUGUCCCAGACCCCAACAGGCUCCAGCCGUCAGGGCCACCCGAAGAGGCUGCUCCUCACACUCUUUACCUGCAUAUCGAUGGUGCUGCCAGGAAAGGAGCAGAAGACAGUGGAGUAAAGCCUGUUUCCUCUGAGAGCCCGAGAGCUCCCAGUGAAAGCCCCUGUCCCAUAGAGGAGCCCCUGCUUGCCUUGGAAAAUGCUGGCCCCGUGAAGCUGUCUGCUGGCUCCCUUACCUCCCUCUUGCAACCAGGUGCUGCCGGAGGGGAGAUCUCUGCAGUGCAAGCCAGCAGCGGAAGGCCCAAAGCUGGAACCGUGGAGAGACCUGUGGACUCUGUGCCCUACCUGGACAGGAUGCCGCUUCUGGCCAAGGGUAAGGAGAUGACAGGGGAGGAGAAAACAGCAAUGGCUCUGGGUACAGGUGCCAAACCCAGUGAGAUUCCAGCAAGCCGGGCCACUGAGGAGGGCGUGGCAGGUGGCACAGCAACAGAGACAGAAGGCAGUGGGGAGAGGACGGUAGAACCUUCCCAGGAUCCGAGGAGGGGCGCGGCAGGUGGUGUGGACACAAGCUCCAAGCAGAUCGGAGGGAUCGCCGGGCUCCCUGACUUCAGGCAGCACCUCACCAAGAUCUUUGAGAAGCCUGUGAUCGGAGCCCUGACCACCAAUCAGCCCCAAAGCACUCCUGGAGAAAAGGCAGGAGCUGGGAGGAGUGUGGCAAGCAAGGAACUCCCCAUGCUGCUGAGUCCAGAGAAGCUUCUAGAUGGGACUCAAGGAGUGGCUGUCAUCCCUCUCCCUGCACCUCCUGCUGGGCUCUGGGUGGAGAAGAAACAAGGGUUGGCUGUAGAGGCUGUUUCACAACUGGAUUCCCAGAAUCCAGCUCCAGACAAGCUGCCAGCUCUGGCAGGGCUAGCCUUGGAGAAGAGCUUGCCAGGUGCCAGUGUGGGGAGUGAGAUGACAGGUGUGCCACCAAUAGUGAGGAGUAACAAGAGGCCAGACAGCACUGGGGAAGGCUGGCUAUGCCUGGAAGGCCAGGCUCACUCACAGCAGAGGAGAGAUGGGCAGGAAUCAGCUUCAGGUCUUUCCUCAAAGGCAGCUACUCAGGGGAUUCCUGUUGAGAAAGCCUCUGACUUUCAGGUGGCUCCCCAGAGCCCCAGAGUAGGGGCCUGCGCUCAAGUUGAUGGAAUUCCUUCUGGAAAACAGCACCAGGAAGCAUCUGCCUGCAAUAGUCAAAAUAGAGAAGACAGUACCUGGGAUGUGGCUCACACAGGGGAACCAGGUGACGUGCCAGGAUCCGCCUGUGCCCUGGAAGCCUCUUCUCCUCAUGAGAAUGUUUUGAUUAUGCCUGAGGCCAACAAUGAGCCCUGGACCCCUGAUUCACUUGAGGAUGACAGGAGGCCUGGAGGUGCCACCAGCAUCUUGGAAAUGCACAAUGCUCUGCACAACCAGAGCACCCUUGAGCCAUCAACUGGAGAAGUGUUGGACACUCCCCUGGAGCCCGGCAAGGUGGCAGGAGCUGCUGGAGGAGCAAAGGGUGACGUCAUGCUGAGCACAGCUGAGACACAGGCACGUGCAUCAGGUGACCUUCCUGAAGUAGGUACUACAAGAGUGUUCUCCAGCAAGGCUCAGGACUUGGUGCUGCCAGGAAGCUGCCAGGACCCAGGCUGCUCUGAUAGGACUUGGGUGAUGGAGGAUGCAGCCACCGUGCAUGGGGACAGCCCGACUGUGCACCAGCAGGCUGAGGAGCAUCCAGGGCCAGAGUACCCCACUCCUGCUGGGGAUGGGAAGGUGGGUGUCUCCUCACCUCCAGAACCUGAUGAGACUCGGGACCUAAAGCUGCAGCGCUUGGCUCCAGAAGAGAUCCAGGCUGACAGAGAGAGCCCUGGGCUUGGCCCAUCCAACUUACCUUCUGUUCCUGAGGAUGCUACAAGAGUUACAGGCGAGGUCACUUCAGAUGAGGCCAGAGUUGCAGGAGCAACAGAAAGCUCACCUGCAGCAGCUGAUGUCAUCCAGCCUGCUGCCCCCACAGACCAGGAAAACCCACCCUUAGCUGCCUCUUCCCACCAUGGUGAUGUCAUUGGCCAGGUCUCUACGGAUCUGACAGCCCAGAGCGCCUCCCCAGCUGCUGCCCGUGCGGAUCCUGCUCCCCCGGCCUCAGAACACGCGGCCUUGCCUUCUGUCCCAGCCGGUGAUGGAGUAGAAGCUUCCACUCCCUCCUGCCAGGAUCUGGCCAAGGACCUAAGCAGGAGUUCUGACUCUGAAGAAGCAUUUGAGACCCCGGAAUCAACGACCCCUGUCAAAGCUCCACCAGCCCCACCCCCACCACCCCCUGAAGUCAUCCCAGAACCUGAGGUCAGCACACCGCCACCCCCGGAAGAACCAGGAUGUGGUUCUGAGACAGUCCCCAUCCCCGAUGGCCCACGUAGCGACUCAGUGGAAGGAAGUCCUUUCCGUCCUCCGUCACACUCCUUCUCUGCCGUCUUCGAUGAAGACAAGCCGAUAGCCAGCAGCGGGACUUACAACUUGGACUUUGACAGCAUCGAGCUGGUAGACAGUCUUCAGGCCUUGGAGCCUCGUGCUGCAGACUCUAAGACCCAGGAGUGCAAAGCGAGCUCACGGAGGAAGUCCACGGAUUCCCUGCCCAUCUCCAGGUCGGCGCUGUCCCGGUCUCUCAGCCUGCAAGCCGGUGACUUUGAUGGUGCUUCUUGCUCCGGCAGUCCCGAGGCUGUGUCCCUUGCCCCGGACACCUGUAGCACGGGCUCCAGCAGUGCUUCCAGCACCCUCAAGCGAACUAAAAAACCAAGGCCACCUUCCUUAAAAAAGAAACAGACCACUAAGAAACCCACAGAAGCCCCCCCGGUGAAAGAGACAGAGCAGGAGCCAGCUGAAGAGAGUCCCGUCCUGAGUGAGGAGAAUCCAGCAAAAACGGAAUUGGCCAAGACACAAGAUUCUGGACCAGCCUCCCUGGAGGAGACGCCUGUAGAAACUGCCUGCCUUCCUGACCCGGAGAGUGCAGAAGGGGCCAACCCCCCAGCAUCUGGAGGGGGCAGGGUGCAGAACUCGCCCCCCGUUGGGAGGAAAACGCAGCUUCUUACCACGGCCCUGGAGGCGGUGGAGGUGACCCCAUCAGAUAGUGGGGGGCAGGAGGACUCCCCAGCCAAAGGGCUCUCAGUGAGGCUGGAGUUUGACUAUUCUGAGGACAAGGGUAGUUGGGACAACCAGCAAGAAAACCCUCCUCCUACCAAAAAGACAGGCAAAAAGCAGGCUGCCAAAAUGCCUCUGCGGAGGCCGAAGAUGAAAAAGACACCAGAGAAGCUUGACCACACCCCUGCCUCACCCACCAGAUCCCCCGCUGAACCCAAUGACAUCCCUAUUGCUAAAGGUACCUACACCUUUGAUAUUGACAAGUGGGAUGACCCCAAUUUUAACCCUUUUUCUUCCACCUCAAAAAUGCAGGAGUCUCCCAAACUGCCCCAACAGUCGUACAGCUUUGACCCAGACGCUUGUGAUGAGUCCAUUGACCCCUUUAAGACUUCCUCUAAGACCCCCAGCUCACCUUCUAAAUCCCCAGCCUCCUUUGAGAUCCCAGCCAGCACCACUGAAGCCAAUGGAGUGGACGGGGACGGGCUAAACAAGCCUGCCAAGAAGAAGAAGACGCCCCUAAAGACUGACACAUUUAGGGUGAAAAAGUCGCCAAAACGGUCUCCUCUCUCUGAUCCACCUUCUCAGGAUCCCACUCCAGCUGGUACGCCAGAAACACCGCCGGUGAUCUCCGCGGUGGUCCAUGCGACAGAUGAGGAAAAGCUGGCUGUCACCAAUCAGAAGUGGACGUGCAUGACAGUGGAUCUGGAGGCUGACAAACAGGACUACCCGCAGCCCUCGGACCUGUCCACCUUCGUAAAUGAGACCAAAUUCAAUUCACCCACAGAGGAGCUGGAUUACAGAAACUCCUAUGAAAUCGAAUACAUGGAAAAAAUUGGCUCCUCCUUACCUCAGGACGAUGACGCCCCGAAGAAGCAGGCCUUGUACCUUAUGUUCGACACUUCUCAGGAGAGUCCCAUCAAGUCUCCUCCUGUCCGGAUGUCGGACUCCCCGACGCCAUGUUCAGGGUCAAGUUUUGAGGAGACCGAAGCCCUGGUGAAUGCCACAGCCAAAAUCCAGCAUCCUGUUGUGCGAGGGCUGGCCUCCAACCAAGAGCCACACUUGCAGGUGCCAGAGAAGUCCUCCCAGAAGGAGCUGGAGGCCAUGGCCUUGGGCAGUCCUUCAGAGGCGAUCGAAAUCACAGCUCCCGAGGGCUCCCUGGCCUCUGCCGAUGCCCUGCUCAGCAGGCUAGCCCACCCUGCCUCUCUCUGUGGCGCGCUUGACUAUCUGGAGCCCGACUUAGCAGAAAAGAACCCCCCAGUAUUUGCUCAGAAACUUCAGAGAGAGGCUGCUCACCCAACAGAUGUCUCCAUCUCCAAAACAGCCUUGUACUCCCGCAUCGGGACCUCCGAGGUGGAGAAGUCUGCGGGCCUUCUGUUCCAGCAGCCUGACUUGGACUCUGCACUCCAGAUCGCUAGAGCAGAGAUCAUAACCAAGGAGAGAGAGGUCUCGGAAUGGAAGGAUAAAUACGAAGAAAGCAGGCGGGAAGUGAUGGAAAUGAGGAAAAUAGUGGCCGAGUAUGAGAAGACCAUCGCUCAGAUGAUAGAGGAUGAACAGAGAGAGAAGUCGGUCUCCCACCAAACAGUCCAACAGCUGGUCCUGGAGAAGGAGCAAGCCCUGGCUGACCUGAACUCUGUAGAGAAGUCUCUGGCUGACCUUUUCAGGAGAUAUGAGAAGAUGAAGGAGGUUCUGGAAGGCUUCCGCAAGAAUGAAGAGGUGCUGAAGAAGUGUGCACAGGAGUACCUGUCCCGAGUGAAGAAGGAGGAGCAGAGGUACCAGGCUCUGAAGGUGCACGCAGAGGAGAAACUGGACAGGGCCAACGCCGAGAUCGCCCAGGUUCGAGGCAAGGCCCAGCAGGAGCAAGCUGCCUACCAGGCCAGCUUGCGGAAGGAGCAGCUGCGAGUGGACGCUCUGGAAAGAACGCUGGAGCAGAAG